UCCUUGCGCAAAGGCUCUGUUAUAAAGUAUGAAAAGCGACCGCGCCACGUUUUUGUAUGAAAACUACAAACAUGGGCGGCAGGAGUGCGUGUUUUUACAUAUUAGUGCUUGUGCAUUUGCAACUGAUUGCUGCUAAGCCAUUUCUCUUCGGGACGUUAUUCUGCGAUGCGUUCUGCGAGGACGACGAUGACUAUGACGCUUCCGUCUCGACCACGACUAGCAUGGAAGAUAUGAUUAUGGACUUCUUCGAUCCGUGCAGCGGCUGCCCCACUAGAAGACCGCCGACUCGACCACCGCCGUUUGGAUUUCUGCCUCCAAAUGGGAAUUACACAGUAACCAACAGGAAUGGGAACUGGUUCGUGAACGGGGUGCCGUGGACUGGCCCUUGGAACGGUCCUUGGAAUGGUCCCCCUAACGGACCUUGGAACGGCCCUCCGAAUGGUCCCCCUAACGGACCUUGGAACGGGCCCUGGAAUGGACCUUGGAACGGACCUUGGAAUGGGCCAUGGGGCCCAGGUGGGCCAAUGGGUCCCGGUGGACCAACGGGUCCUGGGGGGUCCUCAGCUCCACCAAUGGCCUCAACUGCUGCCCCCGCGUCAUCUGCCGCUCCUGCUAGUUCCAGCGCUGCACCAGCAGGCGCCACUACGGCUGCACCCGGCGCUACUACCACCGCAGCUGCCGCCACCACUGCCAGCGGAUAGAACAACCUGGAACUUUCUAGAACAAUCUAGAGCGAUCCAGAUUGAACGGUAGCCUAGAGUAUUUUAACCAUAUUGCUAGUAUAUUUACUUGUAUACUUUUAGAUUAUUUUUAAAGAAUAUAACGUAAUGUAGGUAAUCUUUGUUUUGUUUUCAUCUUGGAUAUUAAUGUAUUGAUUCGUUGUUAAAAGGUUUAUAAUCAUGAAUCAACUAGUCAGUAGAGAGUACCUAUCAAUGUAUCCUCUUUAGAUUCCAUUUAUCAAGACCAUACUUUUACAAACACAGUACAAUAAUGUCUAGUUUAAGCUUGUUAAUGUUAAUAUAUUAGAAGAAUGAUGAAUUAAAACGUUUGGAUUGCAAA